GCGUUAUAGGAAUCCUAUGUCUUACUAGCCCCAGGCGCUGGCUCUCGCCUGCACCUGGUUCGCUCGCCAGCGCUGGCUCUCGUAGCCAGCGAUGAGGCGACCUGCUGUGGCGCUCGCUGCUGUUGUGACCCUUUCGAUCUUUAUCCUCCUCUCCUCCAACCCAAACCGCCUCUCGUUUCUCUCUCGAAACCCCGCCACUGGCUUGCCGCCAGCCCGCCGGCUUCAGCGCCCGCCGCGCCCUCCUCGCAGCCCGCCGCCGCCACCGCCGCCUCUGUUGGGCGCAGCUUCCUCCGCCUCGCCUGCUGCGACCGCGCUCCGAGCCGAGCCGUCACGCCACGGUGACGCGUCCGGCCCGCUGCGAGUGCCUGCGGAGCCGCCAGCGGCCGAUCGGCGCACUCCGCCAGUCGUCUACACUCUCGGCGCUGGCGAGCACAGCGCCGAGCUGCGCGAGGCGGUGCAGGCCUGGCGGUCGGGCGACACGCGGCUGGCGCCGGCGGAAGGCACCGUCCUCCUCCGUCCGCUUCGCAGCUCCGCCACCGCCGCCGCCGCCACCGCCGCCACUGCCGCUGUCCUGCGGCCCGCCGCGCACCGUGCCUCCGGGCAGGAGGGUGGAGCCACCUACUGCCGCUACCGGCUCGAGGUGACCGGCGUGCGGAACGCCGCGGACCCGCUCACGCUCGGUGUGCAGCUGAGCGAGCUGCGCCUCUUCUCGGGAGGGCGGCAGGUGCGGCUCAGCGGCGCAAAGUCGCUCCACGCCGACGGCCCCGAGGCGCACGGCCCUCGCAACGCGAUCGACGCGUCUCUCGCGACCAAGUGGCUCGAUGCGCGCGUGCUGGGGCGGGGCGGCGGCGGCAGUGAGUCGGCGAGCUCCUCGACGCUGGAGGUGGAGGUGGAGGCGUCGGAGCUGGCAUCGGGCGGCGAAUCGCCACCGCCUACGGGGUCGUCUGACCAACGAGCCUUGGAGGGCGGCGUGUGGGGUUUGCGCGCCUCGGCGCGGGUCUCGGCGGUGACCGUCUACUCUGAGCCCUCCUUCCGCGGCAACUGGAGCGUGCUCGCCCCCCCGCCCGGAGGCUACACGGCGUCGCUGCCGGAUGCGAACGUGGACUUCGCCUCCUCGGGCGCUGUCCUCCUCUCGCGGAGCAAGGGCGGGCUGCGGUCCGCCGUCCAGCUGCCGCGCAGCGUCGCGGACUUGCAGCCCGCGGCGCGGGGGGUGUCGCACCUCUGCCUAUGCGGCGGCGUCUCGGGGGCGCUGCUGUACGGCCGCGCGGGCUUCCGCGGCCAGCCGAAGCUGGGGUCGGACGGAGAGAUGGCCGCCGUGCCGCUGCCCGGGGCAGCCGACCGGCGGGGCGCCUCCCCGCGGGCCAUGCUCGUGUGCCUCGGCCGCGCGGUGGGGCGGGCGGAGCUCUACCCCCGCGAGGCGUGGCGCGGCGCGCCGACUAGUAUGGGGAUGGCCGACCGUCUGGAUGGCAGCAGGCGCUUCGGGCGGGCGAGCGGCUCGGAGCCACACGGCCCUUGCGCAAGCACAGCAGCGCAAGAGCUGGUUGGUUAUGACGGAGCUGGCGAGCUGAUAGGCGCCCACGGCCACUUCACCGCCUACAACCCGUCCCUGCUCUCGGGGGGCGGCGGCGGCUUCACCCUCGUGCUCCGUUUCUCAAACUACAACUUUUGCGACUCCGAGGGGCCAAAGCUCACCUUUGGCGACAGCCUUGGCGGCGGUGACAACUUGGCCGCGGCGGGCGGCGCGCUGAUGAGCUUCGUCGCGACGCUCCGCGUGCGCGGCGCGACGGACAGCACGGGCGAGGGGUGGUCGGUGUGGCACGAGGUGUCCGCCCUGUUUCCGGUCUCGGAGGCGGCAAGCGUGAGCGGGCCCGAGGACCCUCGUGCCAUCGCGUGGCGGGGCGGCGUGCUCGUCUUCCUGUCGGUGUGGGAGUCGACAAAGACGCAGUGGCAGUACGCGGUGGACCGGCUCGUCGCGAAGCAGCUGCUCUGCUGGCUGCCUCAGCUCGAGCACGACGGCGAGAGGGAGUCGCGCGAGAAGAACUGGUCGCCCUUCAAGCUGGGCGGCGCCCUCUUCGCCGAGUACUCGCUCGAGCCUCGCCUCGUGCUGGCGAUCAACGAGGAGACCGGGGUGGGCACGCCGCUGCUGCCGCUCUCCUCCUCGCCCGCCGCCACCGCGUGGGUCCGCAAGCUCGGCCCGGUGUCUGGGGGCACGCCCGCGGUGCACGUGCCGGACGAGGGCGUCUUCAUCGCCCUCGCGCACACAAAGCUCUUCAAGAAGAAGAAGUCGUCGCGCACGGCGACCCAGCGGAUGGCAGCCAUCAGCUUGACCAUGUGGUCACCGACCAGUUGGGUUGCCAGGUACACCUUCGAGGACGCGCCGCCCUUCCGCGUCAUCGGCACCUCGACCCCCUUCUCGCUGCCGACGCAGAGGGCCCAGGUCCCGUCGAUCCAGUUCGCGACGGGACUGCAGCGAACACUGAACGGCUCGGAGCUCGAUUGCUCGGAGCUGAUUGUGUCUUACGGCGAGAUGGACUGCCACGCCACCCUCGCCUCCUUCAGCCUCGCGCAGGCGCUCGCGUCGGCGCACGGCCGCGCCAACGCGAGGCUUGCGCCGCCGCUCCUCCGCGUCCUCGCCCUCGUCCUCGAGACGGGCGACGCCGCCGCACGCCGCCUCAAGCGGCUGAUGCCCCUGCUGCGUGCAAUCGCCGCCGGGCCGGACGUCGCUGGAGGAGAGGAGCCGUCGAGCGGCCCGCGCCACCAGCUGACCGUCGCGCUGGCGGCGGACUGCGAAGCCGGCAGCAGCGGGCUCGGCGCCGCGCUGCAGCGCGAGGUUGCGUCGCUGCCCGCGCGGCUCGCCUGCCUCUGUUGCUCUUGGGGCGCCGUGGCGCAGAGGCGCGCCGACGAGGCGAACGGCGCUUGGGCUGUGAAGUGUUCAUCAUCAGUUGGAUAUCAGUUACCAAUUGUCACUAUUAGGCGAACGACGUUUGGGCUGCGCGCGUCGCCAAAGAGGUGCGCUGCGAGGUCGCGCCUUCUGACACGCGUCCUCCGCGGCGGCGCUCACGGCGCCCUCCCGACCAAGCAGCUCAAAAAGAUGGAAAAGGCGCGGGCCGCCGCGAGGCACGCGCUGCUGCAGGAGCUCAGCGCGGCGCUGAGCGGCGUGGAGUCGUUGGGCACGGCUCGCCGCAGCCGGGUCUGCGUCAUCCUCUGCACGGGCGCGGUCGAGCCGCCGCCGCUCUGCGCUUGCGCGAGUGCGACACGAUUGCGCAGCGAGCCGACGGAGUCUCCUCGAGCGGCGGCGGCCGCCGCCGCGUGCACGGUUCGGCUCGCGCACCCGCAGACGGUCCUGGUGAGCGCGAGCCCUUCUUCGGCCGUCAACGAGUCGAACGCGGAGCUGAUGACGCUGCUGCGCCUCUCAGACAUUCUGCUGGCGCACUCGCCCGAGCAGCAGCGGCAGCUCGCCCCCUUGGGCGGGCUCGUGUGGUCCAAGCGACAGCCCACAACGCGGUUCUUGGAGGCGCUGCAGCAGCGGGCGCUGCACCGGACGCGACAGCGGGUCCCCUCGAUUGGCAGCGACCGGGCGUGCAGGAGGUUGUUGUCUGCUUACUGA